AAUAAAUACUGGCCGACUCAUUGCUUAGUGUGCUGAAGUCCGGCGAAGAUAUGGAACAUCAUAUCGAGGGUAUCACUCGGAUAUCCACUCGGAGCCCUGGGUCAGAAUUUUCCAUCAAUCACCGGUAUGAAAUCCUGAAUGGCUACGCCGCACAUGCAACUGGAGCAUCCCUUUCUCGCAUUUUCAGUUGCCCCGAAGUUGAAUACGUCGAAGCUGACGGCAUGGUUUCCAUUUACGAUGACCUCCACGAAGCGCACGAGGGGCGUGCGACAGGGUGCGACGGCGUCCCAGCCGAAAUAAGGGAUGACCGAGGCGAAUCCGGAGGACUUGAGAAGCCAGUGAAGAUUUUUUUGGCAGAUACCGGUGUCUACGGUGCCCACUCCUGCUUUAAGUACAAGGACGAGGACAAGAACAAGGUUAAGGACGAGCCUGACAAUGACAAAACGAGCCGUGUGCUUGAGACUGUUGUCUAUGGUCCUUACUCCUCGGAAGAUAAUAACGGUCAUGGCACAAUGAUGGCCGGAAGAGCAGUGGGGAUAACAUGUGGUGUGGCGACCUCGGCCAGCAUUGUUCCGAUCAAGGUUGUCUCCGAUGAAGGCAAGGGAGAGAUGUCUGACUUACUUGCAGGCAUCCACUACGCUCUCCAACAAUUCCAAUCCACCGAUUGCCAUGCCAUCCUACUGAUAUCCGUAGUCUUCGACUAUAAUGAAGCCCUUAACGAUGCCGUCCUUUGGGCCAUCAAUAGUGGUGUGCACGUUGUAGUCCCUGCAGGGAGCCAAUCAAAGGACGCAUCACUUGUCAGUCCUGCUUCUGUUUUCAGCGCUAACACCAUUGGCGCUAUUGACGAUUGUGGCCAUGUUGCAUCGUUCUCCAACGUUGGAUUUGUCGUCGAUGUUUUUGCCCCGGGCAUGAAGAUUCGAGUUCCUUCGACCGACGACUCGAACGCAUGGACGACAAGGAGUGGCACUGGCGUGGCAGCUGCAUUCGUUGCGGGUGUGUUAGCCUCUUCGUUAAGGGGCAAGAAAGAUCUGGUGGCUCCUGCCUUGCUAAGAACGGGGAAGGCUGUCCCAGACGUGCAGGGCAGUCCAGAAGGAACCACGAAGUUGAGGGUACAAAUUUUGUGACUUAUGUUUCCAUUGAAAUAGAACAGUGCUGCAUGACCUGCUUCACAAUCUUUCCCCUGUGCUUUUUUCCCGCUUCUUG